CUCGCAUCCCCAGUUGGAUGAUCCGUUCUAGACGCUACAAAAUGGCCCAUCUAGAGCACCCAAAUUCACCCUUGAACUCUGCACUCUGUCUUUGAUCUGUUCCCCCGCGCUUCGCAUCGGAUGGAGCUGAUCCCAAAACGAUGGAUUCCAACGGCAACUUUGCCCGGCCUUUCGACGAAUCCCUGAUCCGAGAACUACCUCAGCUGCAGAGUCUCCGCAUCGCUCCCCUUCGCCAACCAGUUUCCUCCCGCAUCCUGAGCAUCCCCUCGCCGCUCGAGCCCAACGCCAGCGGUGUCCGGGACUCAACUUCCAUCCCCAAGGCCAAAGCCUCGACGGGCAUCGGCGGCCCACCUCGCAAUAACGAGUCUAGUAGCGGAGCCCCGGAGACCUCCAACCCCGGGCGGCCCAAGAAGAAUGAUCCCUCGGUAGAUACGCUGCUCAGUCUGGAGCCCCCUCCUAAACCCAUCUUACCGUCCUUCGUCAAUCUCCGUGCCCUUGAGCGGUUCCCAUACUCUUCAUUUGACGAUGAUUCUUCUCACGCCCGCAAACGCCGCCGCGUGGACGUGCAGGCCGACUCCUUCAGCGAGCAUCUGCAGCUGCCGAUUCCGCAGUCGCAGAAGGAACAGCGACCUCCGCCGUUCGGCCCUUUUGCUAUUCUGAACGGAUUGAAUGAGCCGCCACCUAACGCCGCCCUGCUGCCGCCUAUCGAAGCGGGCUCUAUCACGCAACUCCUGACGAAACCCUCGCGCGACCAAUCCCACGUCGAGCCGGCGCUGCUCACUGCUAAUUCUGCGGCGGACACACCGAGUGGUGAAAAACGAGAGGGGAGAAUUGAAGAGAUUCUGGACCCCCCUGUUGCGGAGAAGCCGACGCAGAACAGCCAACAGAAGCCCGAAAGCAAUGCGGCAGAGGAACCGGAGGUCGAUGCAACGGAGCCACCGAACGAGGGGGCCGAUGUCGAUAAAGAGCAUGAAACCCCUGCUAACGAUACUACUGAGCCGCUGUCACCGAAAUCGAGAGGUCGAUCUCGGAAGAACCUCCGUAAAUGGACCGAGGAGGAAACCACGGCGCUCCUGCGUGGCGUGGUCAAGUGUGGGAUCGGCAAUUGGACGGCCAUUCUGGCGCAACCUGAGCUGAAGUUCAACAAACGGAGCGCAUCGAAUUUGAAAGACAGGUUUCGCGUCUGUUGUCCGUGGGCGUACCGGGCUGCCGACCCCAACGAGGCGACCAAGAAACUACGCGACAGCCUUGCUGACGCUUUGUUGCGCGCCGAGAGCGAAGGGACUGGGAACAUUCCUGGGAAGAUUCGCCUCCCCCAUCCGUGGCCAGCCAACCUCGGGCCACCGUCCGCGGGAAGCAGCUCGACGACCAGCUUGGACGAACACUCGUCGUCCAGUGCCUCCCCCUUGACCGAAAUGGAGCAAAACAACUCCCAAUCUUACUUUAAACAGGUCCCACCAACCAGCUCUCCCCUUAGUUUAUCUAGUAGAUCCAAGUCCACCCUGGCUUCUCUUGGGAUUCCGGAGCCGCAUUUUAACAUGAAAUCCCGACGUCGCUCGCGACGCCCGUUCACAGCUGCCGAAGAUGAAGCUUUGCUCAAAGGUUACGCCGUUCAUGGCUUCCAGUGGACACUAAUCCAACAAGACAAGCGCCUGAACCUCGGCCACCGCAGAGCAACCGACCUGCGAGACCGAUUUCGGACCAAAUUCCCCCACGCAUAUCGUGACGGAGGCUCCGUCAGCGGUAAUAAGACCCAGAACGAUCAGACUAAAAAUGCGCCCCCUCCCAAAGACAGUAGCAAGCCGGACCCCACACGGCCUAUCAAGCCAUCUUCGAGUGUGUCUCAUUCCAGCAAGACUGAUACAGAGCAGGCCCCAUUAGGCCCUAUCGAUCCUGCUCUCUCUGCCCCGGCCCCGCCGCCAAAUCUACCCGAUGGCUCGUCCACGAGUGCAUCGUCUACAGCGGUCUUUCAGUUCCCUCUAGACGAAAAUCCAGCCGGUGCUCCGGGCGUGGAUACUUCGUGGGCUGAUAACACCCUUGCUCCUAUGUUGUGGGAUGAAUUAACCUAGUUGUUCUUAUAGGGCGUACGGCUUUUCUGUGUUUCGGGCUACUUUUCUCGUUAUUUAUUUUCAGGGCUCAUAUCCUCUUUAUCUUUUUCUUUUCUUUAUCUUUCUCUUUCUUGAUUCUCGUAUUCUCUUCUUUUCUCUCUUCUUUUUUCUUCUUCUUCUCCAUCUCAUUUCUAACUGCAUUCUAAUCAUCUUUCGGGCUCUCAUGGUUUUGUUUCUUGUUUGAUAUUCGGGAGCUACUUUCUUACUCCCAUGCUUGCAUGCAUCUUUCAUCCUGAUACCCGCGCCUUUGUCAUGUUGCGAAGUCGCUCUUCUAGAAUUCACCUUCUGUCCCCUUUUCUUCACUUCUGAUUUAAAAAAACACAGCCGAAAAUCCUCAUUGAUAGAUAGUCUACAAGCCGUCUAGGUCUACUAUUGCGCUUUCGUACAUGCAAGCCCUGCAGUGAGAAAAAAAAUUGAUGGCGAGGAUGACUCAGG